AUAAUCCCUCUUUUACUUUCCUCCCGAAAGCCAACAUGCCAUUCUCUCGCUUUCAGCUUCUGAGGGCGACGACGAGAAGCCCGUGGACGAGAGAUUUCCGGCACCUCCUUCCUGUGCCGAAGCACUUUGCCAUCAAACAGUCUUUCUAUGAUCCUGGUAUAAAAGCAGUACGCGUCAAGGACCGUAUCAAGUUCUGGAAUGUCGUUCCGGGUGACCGCGUUCGCGUCCGCGGGGACGGUAGUGGCACAAUUCACGAGGUUCUGAGCAUCAACAGGUUCACGAACCGCGUUUACUUGAAGGGUACUAUCAGAGAGCCAACAAAGGGCAAGAUGCCGGUGAACAAGAGCGUGCACUACUCAAAAUGCCAACUAUUAAUAAAGGAGAUGGAAAAGAAGGCGGAAAAUGGCACUAUAGAGAAAGUGCACGUCUUUGCGAGGCGUAUUGGCGUACGGGACCCCCAUUGGAAUCCUGAAUUUCGCCGGUUUGACUGGAAGCGCGUCGUGCUUGCAUCUAUACCGGCGCAUGUAGAACGCAAUGCUGGGAAGGAGAUGGUUUUACCUUGGCCUGAACCAGAGGCACCGCCAAAACCGAAACCCAACAUCCUUCUGGAUACCCCAUCGGAGACCGUUCUAAAAGUUACCUACCAGCCACCAACGUUCCGGACCAGCGGCAAAGCGAAAUCAGGGGUUGCCGAUGAAAAUGCGUAUAUUAAGACCUUGUUCAGUCCGUCUCCCAGGGGUUUCGAUGAAUCUCGGCCCGUGGAGCUGCAUCUCGCGAAAGAGUUGUCCAAUCCGCACAGUCGUGCGAAGAAGCAAGCAAGGUGGCAAGCAGCCCGCCGACGGAAGUCUGAGCUGCUCAAGAAGUUCGUUUCUCGCGAACUCUUGAAUCAAGGCGAUCGGACUGCCCGUGAGGCACGCGCCGAGGCGGUCUUCAAGUGGCGACAGCAGAUGGAGGAGGAACGGAAAGCGGAGAAGAAGCGGAGGUGGUUCACAGCAGAGCGUCUGGCCAAGCUUGCCAGGAAGGCUAAGCGCAAGCAGAGGAAAGCGGAGAAGCAGAAGGAGAGACUUACCCAGUUGGUGCUCAAGGACGCUCCCAACCAGGUUAUACCUGGUUCGUCCAAACAACGACGUGCAUAGUGUCGCUAGUCCGCCUGGUCAGUUUACGACCUGGUGGUACCCUCUCGAUUACUUUAUAUUCGACUGCUGGAUCCGCUUCAUUCUCGUUCCCAAAAUUUUUCGUGCAUCUGAGGUGAGGAUGGGAUUCUCGUCCCUCUGCUGCAAGUUGUCACACUAUUGGGUGGUCCCAUGUCUCACCUCACUUCAAGGUGUGGAUUGUUGGGUAUCGGGUAUCCGCUGCGCGUGUCUUUCGGGAUUCAGACAAAAAUGAUCUUGGAUCACUAGCUGCGCAAGCGCUGGUCGCCCUCACUGAAGG